AUGGCGUGUUCUCAGGCGGCUGUCGGGCCGCCGUUGGAUCUCUGCAGCUGUUCGGCCGGAGGAGGAGGAGCCAGCGCGGCGCACCGCUCCAGAAGAGGAGGAAGUGGCCGACGCUCAGCAGCAGUGAUGAAAACGGUCCGGAGCUGCCUGAGAACACGACCUUACUGCGGAGGCCAGUACGUUUGGUUCUCAGUGGACCGUUCCGGGAACGUUCUGGAAGCGCGCUCCUGGGAUGCUGACUGGUUACCAGGAACGCUGCACAAUCAGCGAACUCAAAGGGUUCUGCAGGGUUCUGCAGGGAAUAGUGAAAACUGGAGCAGGAACAGGCUGUUCCCGGGAAUCCCUCACUGUGAUCACACUCACCUCGCAUGCUUGUUGUGUCGUGUUCUGCAUCUUUGUUUUAAACGUUUUCUUUGUGCUGACGUGCAGACUGUGACUCUCCUCAGGGUUCUGGGAACGGCGCUGAACAACGCUGGAGGAGGAAUAAACAUCGUUAUCCUAAACGGUAAAACGGGAGAAGUCCUGAAGACGGAUCACUAUAACAUGUACAGCGGAGAUGUGAAACCGUUCAUUGAGCUGCUGAAGAGCAUCGAGACGGGCUCCAUCGUUAUAAUGGCGUCCUACGACGAACCCUCAACAAAGUUGAACGACGAGCUCAAGAAUCUGAUUGCUGAACUGGGAAGCUCUCGCAUCCACUCGCUGGGAUACAGGGACAACUGGGUGUUUGUUGGUGGCAAAGGAGUAACGGGGAAGAGCAGCUUUGAGAAGCACAGGAAGAGCGACUCGGCAACCAACAAAUACGACGGCUGGCCCGAGAUGAUCGGGCUGGAGGGCUGCGUCCCCAAAUACCUGGAGUGACGGGCGAGGCUGCGGACGCACGGCCGGCGAUUUAGAGACUGAUCUGGGACCAGCAAGUUGUGCAAACCAAAUCCAGGUGAACCCACCUGCUCUGUGUCUUGUCUGUGUGAGGCUUUCAUGGACUCUGUCUGCUGCUGGGAAUAAAACAAAAUCAGGAAAAGACAUUUUAAGGUUUCAGAUUUGGUCCUUUUUAUUGAAGAGUG